AGAUAUGGAUCAACUCAUAAACAACUUGGGGGUCUAACUUAAUUCAAAAAGUGGCUCAAUGCAUGUCUUCAAACAGGUCACUGGCUCUGUUCAUAUCAGAGAUCCUCUUAAGACAGAAGAUAGAGGUAAUAUGACAUCUCCACCAUUCCCAGAUGCCAGUCCCAUGGAGAACCCAGCACUAUUUAGUGACAUCAAGAUUGAGCCCCCAGAAGAACUUCUGGCUAAUUAUUUCAACCUGCCCCAGGUGGAACCAGUUGACCUCUCUUUUCACAAGCCCAAGGCUCAUCUCCAGCCUGCCAGCAUGCUGCAACCUCCAAUAUUCACUCCCAAGCCAAAGCCUGCUCUCCAGACUCUUGUAGUGUCCACUUCAACGUCUGACACAGGCACUUCAGCAAAUAUCCCUACUGUUCUGACUCCAAGAUCUAUCCUGGCCUCCUCUCAAGGAACUGGUGGCCAGCAGAUCUUUCAUGUGAUUCACACCAUCCCCUCAGUCAGACUGCCAAAUAAGUUGGGUGGCCUAAAGACCAUCCCAGUAGUGGUACAGUCACUUCCCAUGGUGUAUACUACUUUGCCUGCUGAUGGGGGCCCUGCAGCCAUUACAGUCCCACUCAUUGGAGGAGAUGGCAAAAAUGCUGGAUCAGUGAAAGUUGACCCCACCUCCAUGUCUUCACUGGAGAGCCCAAGUGACAGUGAGGAGAGUGAGAUUAAGAGUGGAUCCUCAGCUUUACAGGGUGUUCAGGGACUACAGCAAGAACCAUCAGCAAUGACCCAAAUGCAGGGAGAAGAGUCUCUUGAUUUGAAGAGAAGACGGAUUCACCAAUGUGACUUUGCAGGAUGCAACAAAGUGUACACCAAAAGCUCCCACCUGAAAGCCCACCGCAGAAUCCAUACAGGAGAGAAGCCUUAUAAAUGUACCUGGGAUGGCUGUUCCUGGAAAUUUGCUCGUUCAGAUGAGCUCACCCGCCAUUUUCGCAAGCACACAGGCAUCAAGCCCUUCCAGUGCACAGACUGCAACCGUAGCUUCUCUCGCUCUGACCACCUAUCCCUGCACCGCAGGCGCCAUGACACAAUGUGAGCAGCAUAGACUACACCAGAAGAGCUGUGCUGGUCUUGUGUGUGUGUGUGUGUGUGUGUGUGUGUGUGUGUGUAUGCAUGCACACCGAGAUCAUAACCAUCUUUUCCUCUUUUACUUCAGCUUGCCUCAGGGAUGGGGUAGGCGCAGCUCACUGAGCCAGGAUGAUGAGACUGUAGGAAAAAAUAGAUGAUCUCCCAUGGGGGCUCCUCAUAUUCUACUUUCACUUCUCCACUGUCCAGUCUCCAAUUUUUUCAGCCUUGCAUGGAUUGAAUUCCAGUGUGGCACCCAUGGCUUCCCCCCAUUCCUCCACCAUACCCUUGCUCUGACAUAAGACAUUUCCCUACAAAAACAAAACAGGAAAUCAAACUCAAGGCUGUGAACAAACAUGCACUGCUUUUUAUUCCAAUUUGUCUCUUAUUUUCUAGAAUUCUUAUCCUUUUUUUCUUUUUUUUGGAAUCAGCAUUUAAGAGUGGUUGGUAGUGUCUUAAAAUGACAUUUUGUAAAUUUCCUAAACAUAAAAAGGCAUAAUAAUUUAGUUGAUUGUUAAGGUUUACAGGGAUUUGGGUCCUGAGUAUAGGGCACAUCCUCAGUGAAUAAGAUGAGUCCCUUGCCAAACUGAAAGAUUUUGUAAAUCCAAUCCUAUAUGUUAUUACAGUUUGGUUUUCAGAAAGUGCUGAUGCUUCUUCACAAGUCUAUCAGAAGGAAUGAAAUGAUCUUCUCCUACUUGUCCUCUUUUUCUUCGUCCUUCUUCAGGAUAAAGAUUUGGCUGCACAGUUAUCUUCUCUGUUAGGUUAAAUUUGAAAAAGCUUUCAAAGCACACACUGACAUGCCAGUAGGGAGAAAAGUGUUCCAGGAAAAUAUGUUGGGCAGCGACAGGAACAAACAAAACCAGUAUCAUUCUGAAAACAAAUAGAGGGGGAAUUUCAUUUGGAUAAGAUUUCAGAAGCUCUGUAAUCACAAACCUCAUUCAAAUGGCAGCCUGUUGAGGCAGUGUCUUGAGGGGCUGUUUAUUCUUUUGUUUAUGUAAAGCAACUGUUUUGAGCAUAUUGCAUGGUGAGAAAUCACACACUGGGGUUAUUUUAUACAGAAGUGAGGGGUUAGAAGAAAAAAAAUGUGUUCAUUCUGUGACAUUAUUAGCAUGAAUUCUUAUAUUUCAAAUGGAAUUUAAAAGGAUUUUAGAGAAAACUGACACAAAAAAACAUCUGAUGUUCUGCAACUGCUAUAAACCGCUAGCCAUUUCUUUAGUCAUUAAGGCAGGUUACAUAUUAUACGCAUCUGAUUACCCAAUUGGACUUUUAAGUAAUAGUCUCUGGGACAUCAAACCCUCUGUUCUAGGCUGUGGACUUCAGAUCUACCUCCAAAUGGCAUAUUUUCUCUACCUGGGGGCAGGGAGGGCUUUGCAUCACUUAGUUUUAAAUUCAGCCUCUCUUCUAAAGGUUGUCUUCAUAUUGAACCCCUUUUCUGUGGCAGAUAUUCAAUCAGUCCCUGUGUGAAUACUUUAGGUUACUACUUCCAAAGACCAUCCAUUCCAACUAAAUCAAGAAAUUCUAGUACCAAGAAUGGAUCUUAUUAACCACUUAGUACUAUCUAUCAUUUAUAUUUUAAAGAUGAAACAAAUAUGGGCCAGAUUCUUUCCCCAGAUUUUUUAUUGAAGUUUUAUAGAUCUGUGCACCCAUUCUCCCAGGGAUCACAUUCUAAAACCAAAAUAAAGAAAAAUUUUACAUAAUUGGUUGCAGUAUUUCUCCAAUUUUAUAUGCUAUGCUUCAGAAAACUAGACCACUCACAGUAUUAUUUACAGUUGAUUAAAUACUAAGUAAAAUGUGUUUGUGGUCAUUGGUAUAUAACAUUAGACACACAAUUUUUCUAUUCAAACACUGUCUAUAAUAUUUCAUAUUUGAUUUACCUCAUUUUCACUUACAGUGUCUUUCCAGACUAUAAACUGUCAUAAAUUCAAAGACUGUAUUUUUCUCAAAAUGACAUAUGAAUUUUUAAUAUUAUUGUUAUUUUGAUAUAGGCUUUCCCCUGACUUUGGGUGUUCAAGUUACACACUGUAAACUAAUUGAUGAAGCAUUAGGAGAUAUCUAGGGCCAGUCUGUUAAAGGGAAAUUCUAUGUAGCUAUAAGACAGAUGGUUAAAGGUGCAUUACCAUCACACAUAAGUUUAAGCAUUUAAUUGGGUAGUUGAUAUGGCAUUUCAUAGUAAAGAGCUUAGCCAUUUUCUCCAGAACUUUGAUCCUGAGUCUCCUUUUCUAGAGUACACACAUAAAUGACUUGUGCCCCUUGGACCUCAGGAUCUUUUGCACUGAGCAUAUAAUCUUAUAAAUAAAGGCUAUCAAUCAUA